CCCAUGGCAGGGGCCAGCGGGGGUGCGUUAGCGGCUGAAGUUACUGCCGCAGGUGCUUUUGGCUUCCUGGCUGCAGGAUAUCUUGAUCCAGCGAGCCUCCGGAAGGAGCUAGCACUCGCCCGCGGCAUCCUCGUUCUAGCUGCCUCAGAUCGACUUCCCGUCGGCGUUGGCUACCUGGCUUGGAAGUUAGAGAAGUCCACGGACGCGGAAGCCGAAGAAAUGCUCGCUGCAGCUCUCGAUAACCACGUUCAGGCGAUAUGGCUGGCGUUCGGUGUCCACAUCGAUAAGUGGAUAAGGUAUAUCCGCACCUACGACGAAAAACACCGACGGAGGGACCCGACCCUUAUCUUUGUCCAGAUACCCUCCGUUGAAGACGCCGUCGUGGCUGUAAAGAACUGGAAGGUGGACGUUCUUGUUGCACAAGGUAACGAGUCUGGGGGACACGGUUAUCGCGCUGCCCCCCCACUUCUUACGCUCGUUUCAUCGAUUCUUCAAGUUCUUCCCGAAGAUGCACCUCCAUUGUUGGCAGCGGGGGGAAUGACCAAUGGUCGUCACGUCGCUUCGCUUCUUAUUCUUGGUGCGGACGGGGUAGUCCUUGGCACACGCUUCCUUGCAACCACUGCAAGUUUGUACACUGAGGCACAGAAGAGAGCACUCAUCGCUGCCAAGUCGGGGUCAACCAUGCGGACAAUGGCUUUCGAUCGCGUACGAGGGACAGUUGAAUGGCCCGCCGGUGUUGAUGGCAGAGCACUCUACAAUAGUACCGUGAAAGAUGUGGAGGAGGGGGUAGACAUUCAUAUCGCGGAAGAAAAAUUCAAGAAAGGUGUCCAAGACGGUGACCCGGAUCGCAUGUUGGUGUGGGCCGGGACCGGUGUCGACCUCAUAUCCGGCAUCAGUACCGCAAAGGACGUUGUCAAUGAAUUACAUGAUGUUACACUUGAAAGAUUGGAGAUGGCCUCAAAAUUAUACACCGGGAAUUGAUAUUUCCUUAGUCGCUAAGUCAUAUUCACUAUUCAGCUACUUCCAUUUCAAUUAUUGUUCGUUCUGUAUGAUACGCACAAACGGCGCCGUCAGUCAAAUUCCACAAACGUGCGACCGAACUACCAAUGUUUUGUUGCGCGGCCAGGAGCUUUUUUUCACUCAGAAGAUCGGGAUCGUGACACUCCCAGUCGCAUGCGUAUCUCGACGACAGAUCAGA